AUGGCUGAAACACGCACCACGAAGCAAUGGAUCCUCGCUGCUAAGCCGAUUGGCACUCCCACCAUCACCGGGCCGAACGCUACCUUUACUAUCAGGACAGUAGAGCUACCACCCCUAGGAGAGGACCAGAUCCUGGUAAAGGUGCUCUACUUUUCCAACGAUGCGGGAAUUCGCACCUUCAUCGGCUGUACCGUGGACGAGAACCGCAUGUAUCUUCCCCCUGUGCCGAUCGGAGCCCCGAUGCGCUCUGGCAUUAUUGGUGAGGUGCUGGAAUCCAAGUCCAAGAAAUUCACCGUUGGUGACUUGAUUAUGGAUUUUCAUCUUGCCUCGUGGAGUGAAAAGGCCAUCCUGAACGACGCCCUCGUCCAGCCCGUGGCCCCGCUACCAGCUGGCCUGUCUAUCACCCACUACCUCGGUGCCUUUGGAGGUUCCGGAUUAGCCGGUUAUGUCGGUCUCCUUCACGUGGCUGAAGCAAAGCCAGAACAUACAGUUGUUGUCUCAGCCGCUGCGGGAGCAACAGGAUCAAUGGUCGUUCAAGUUGCCGUCAAGCUCCUUGGAGCUAAGCGAGUAGUAGGAAUUGCUGGAAGUGAUGAGAAGUGUGCAUGGGUACGAGACCAUCUCGGUGCUCAUGCCUGCGUCAAUUACAAGAGCCCUACCUUUGUUGAGGACUUGAAAGCAGCGACACCAGACGAAGUAGAUGUUUUCUUUGAUAACGUCGGCGGCGCAGUCUUUGAUGGCGCUCUCACUCGCAUGAAGAAGCACGGCGUCAUCGCUAUCUGCGGAGCGGUCAGCAUAUACAACUCAGAGGAGCCUACCACGAUACGCAACUGGUUCGAGAUUGUAUCUCAGCGGUUGACCAUCAAGGGCUUCUUCAUGUUUGACUACAUGGAUAAGGUGCCCAAGGCUAUGGAGGAAAUAAUUGGUGCUGCGGCUGAGGGACGUAUCAAGGUUGACAUCGAGGACGUGGUUGAGGCCACCAUCGAGGAGGUGCCCAAUGUGUGGAUCAAUGUGUAUAAGGGCGCCAACAAGGGCAAGUCGGUCACCAAGCUGAUUUCUUAA